AUGAAGGCUUAUCUGAGAUAUGAAGGAAUUUCCAAAUUAUAAUAUCCUUAGUCUCCGCUCUAAGUGGAACCAAAGCAAUUAUUCUCUUUGAUGCCUCGUCGUAAGACUGCUCAAGUGCCCUUUCGUAAAAGUUUGCAUAACAACAAAUCGCCCACGAAUUUCGACCGAUAAUUCGUUUUAGAGGAGUUGAGACUCACCAAUGCAUCUCUCCAAGAAGUGAAUAAGGAAUUGCAAUAAUUGAAUGAAUCCUUACAAGAGUAGGUUCAAAAACUGCAAGAAUCAAACAAGGCCUUGCAAUUGUAGAUCAAUUAAAUGACCAAUUAAAUUGACGAUCUAAAAAUAAACAACCGACAUUUGAGAUCUCAAGAUAGUAGCUUGCAUUUACAUUCCAAAACAUUUGAUUAGAGGUUCAAAGUAAUUGAGAUUUAAGAUUACAAGAUCAAAACAACCAUAUCGGCUAUCUGUAGUUGCAAUUGAAAAAGUUAAAUGAUCAAUUAGAGUAGAAAAGAACCUUGGAAACCAAGCCCAUGAAAAUGCAACAACAAGCUCUUCGAGAAUUUGAUAGCAUCUGCGUAAAUAAAUCAAUUUAAACUUAAGUUAGAGAUGAAGAAUUACAUUGUUUGUAAGUUGUGUCAUUAAGAACUUAAGGAACCAGUCACUGUUAUUCCAUGUGCACAUUCCUAUUGUCGUUCAUGCAAGAAGGGCUACAUGGGACAAUGUUUCAUCUGUGGGCCUGAAGAAGAAAUUGAAGCCACAUAUGCCAACAUGUUGUUGAUCCCUAUGAUCGAACUAUUCAAAAAGAUAUGUGAAAUAAGGGAAUUGUUGAAAUGAUUUUGAUAUAUUUAUGUUUAGACAUCAAUAUAUGUAAGCAAGGAAGGCUGCCUUCCUGCCUUAAUCCAAAUAUCCUCUUCUUAAUUUAUGCGCAUUCUAACCACAUUACAAAUCUAGUAGAAUAUUCAAUCCUCGAAAGGGUUCCUGCUCUUCACAAACUACUCCUGUGCACUUAAACAAUCAAAACAAAUUAUUACAGAGGACAAUUAUAAAUUCCAGUAUUAAGAAUCCUAAAAUAAGAAUCUUACCCAAGUUCCUCCUCCUAUCCAUCUUUCUAGAAGUAUCACUCUCAUUUAGAUCCUAGGGCAAUAAAGGAAAUCGUUUAAUGA